AUGCACUCCUCCUUCUACCUCCCCCUGGUCGAUAUCACCCCCUUCCUCGACGAUCCCUCCAGCCCCGCGGCCCGGCAGGUCAUCGACGAUGUCCGUAAAGCCUGCCAAUCCACGGGCUUCUUCCAGAUGAAAGGCCAUGGCGUGCCACUCAAACUCCAAAAAUCCAUCCUCGCCGCCUCCGCUAAAUUCUUUGCCCUCCCGUUGGAAACCAAACUCGCGCUGGAUGCGCGCCAAAAUGUCGGGUUCCGCGGAUACGAUGUAAUGGAGACACAAUCCUACGAGCUCGAGUUCGGCGCACCCCAGGGCAAAGAGGCGCAAGUUGUCCGCGACAUCAAAGAGGGCUUCUUCAUCUCCAGCGACCUCCCCCUAGACCAUCCGCGGGUGCGCGAUGGCCGAUUCUUGCAGGGCCCGAACGUCUGGCCGAGCACAGAGCUGCUGGCCCCGCAGGACUUCCGGGUUGUGCUGGAGGAGUACCUCAGCGAGAUGCAGCGGUUGUCGCGGGUGGUGCUGUCGCUUGUGGCCGCGACGCUGCCGUACGGCCCGCGAGUGUUUGACGAGCUGGACUCGGACGACCCGAUGUGUUUGCUGCGUCUGCUUCAUUAUCCGCCUGAUGGGGAGCAGGCAAGACAGGAGAAGGGGCAGCUUGGGAGCGGCGAGCACACAGAUUUCGGAACGCUGACGUUGCUGCUGCAGGAUGAGCACGCGGGGUUGGAGGUGCAGGAUCAUGAGACGGGCGAGUGGCAUGGGGUGCCACCGCAGGAGGACGUGUACAUUGUCAACAUGGCGGACUUGAUGGAGAUCAUGACAAGUGGGGAGUAUAGAAGUAGUUGGCAUCGGGUGUUGAAUCGAAACCCUGAGGAUCGGUACAGUGUGGUUUUCUUUUACGACGGCAAUCUGGAUUAUAAGUUGCAGCCGCUGGAUCCGGCGAAGAGGGUUGAGGAAGGAAGUGUGCCUACAAUUGAGGAACAUGUCCGUCUGCGCUUAACGAGUAGCUACAGCUGA